AUGUAUAAACGUCGCCCAGCUCCGGAGACGGCUCUGCAGGCCGUGGAGCGAUCUUCAGUGACACCAACCGCCGGUGUCUUGGACAAGGACGCGUGUUUAGAUGGGGUAAUACCUUGUCAGCCGAUCGACAUACCACCUUGUACGAGCGAAGAAGAUGAGCAUGCACUUCACAAUGCUCCGGAAAACCCACCUGUCACCAAAGCCUCGCUGCGCGAGUUGGAUCUUGUCUUGAUUCAGUCCAACAUCAAUCUACGGGUGGACAUCAACUAUGACCAUGAUUUACACUUCAGCCCCGUAUCGGGUUCGACAGGCGAGAAGAAAAGGUUGGAGGCCCUUUUGUAUUGGCAAAGUCUUGCGGCCGAAUUCCGGAUAACGUAUCACAACAACUUCGCUACGAGCUGUAUCGAAUGCCAAAAGAAACGUACUCGAGGCGCGGGUCAACGUAGCUUUCCCCCGAGACUUCCCAGAUUGUUGUUCAGCCUCAAGCAACUGUUGACCAUCUUGGUGCCCCACAGAGAUGCAGAUCAGAUUGCACAGUUCCUGGAUAUCCCGCUGCUCGUGCAAGAGGCCUCUCAUUCCAUGUUGGAUGUAGUUCGCCUGGGUCGGUGGCUGUGUGGACUCCUGACAACACACUGCGCGCCGAUGCGUGAUAGGUCUGCCCAGGAUAUGGCGGAAAAGGUCAAGGAGGGUGCGGAGACAGGAGACAUGACGGCUCUCGUGGAUGGCAUCAAGGAAUUGUUCGAUAUCUUGGAAGCCAUGAAGCUGGAUGUUGCAAACCAUCAAAUCCGCAGCUUUCGCUUCCAUCUCAUUGAAGAUACCGUCCUAUUUCAGAAGGAUCACUUUCGCGUUCGGAUUCAAAACAACAAGAUCAACGUCGACGCGUCACGAGAAUGGUUCCUCCAAAAUGCCAAAGGGCAUGAAGGAUGCCGGGGGGGUGGGAAACUUCCAUCCAGGUCGCCAUUGGCUGCGCUGCUUCACGGCCUCGUUCAGAUCUGCGUGUCCAGCGAUCCGAACUUCCCCGAUACUCUCAAGCACGACGUAGGCCGUCUCCAGAACCAACGCGAUCAGAUACAAGACAUCAUCCACAUGGAUCUAUGUCUCUCAGUGUUCGACGACCAGAUCGAGCGGCUGGUGGGGCCAAACUUCAACGCCGCCAGUCUACACCCGAUCCCGGAGGCUCGGAUCAGAGAGCUACAGACGCGAAUACUGGACUUGACCGAUGGGCACGUGUGCUCGAACGAGACCAUGGCGGCGGUGUGGUCUCGGCACGUCAGCGAGAUCGCAUGGGAGCUCACAAAUGCAAUCGUCGGCGUAUGCAAACGCGUUGGGUGUUUUCUUCCCGCGUCUGGGAUUGAAACCACCAGGAACCAGCUGGCAUCCAAAUUCGCCGAGGAAAGACGACGGGGAGGACGCGCAACACUCCUCGCCCAGACCCUAGAGCAAGGAGCACAAGCUUACGCGCAUGCCUUCCAAAGUAUGACCACUCUAGCCAUCUCGGAAGCGCAGAAACGGGAUCAUUAUGCUCGACGUCAACCCCAGCAUGAAGAUCGACAGUGGCGACAGAUGCCGUGUUUGGAUGACUUGGCUCGGGAAUUGGCGCACGUUGCGGUCAUUCAUAUGCGAGUCUGGACAGAUUUAGCGUAUUUAGUCGAUGAGGCUGAGCGUGUGAUCUAUCUUGGGGUCGAGGAAGGAAGCACGUAUAAGCUAUUUUGA